AUGUCGCUUCUUCACAAUGAUGACUUUACGAUCUGGCAAGUACGCACCUCAUACCUCUCUACAAUCAAAGAUGGGGUAGGCGAAAGGCUCAUCAACGUCAAUCAUUCGGUUCUCAACACGCCCGGAUUUCGCGCAGCCGGCUGGUCCUCGAGCUCCACGAAUCCCAGCAGCCAAGCUGCAGCGGUCCAAGCGAAGCGAGCAGCUUCCCCUCCCAUACCCACCACGGCCGCCGUUGCCUCGGAAUAUUAUCGAGUCGGCGCUUCUAGAGACGCAAACACCCUGCGGAGAUCCCGAUUCGGAGAUGAAGGAGAAGAUGAGGAAGGAGGCAUGGUUACUGGCAAAGGCAGUACAGAUGUGCUGGGCCGCCGACCCCAUGGUCGAGGUGGGAAACGGACUCGCCGGAGGGACCGCCAGCAGAACGAGCAGCAGAAACAGAGGGACGCAGAGGAUGACGACAGCAGUGAUCUGAGUGAUGAGAGCGAUGAUGACGGAGAUAGUACCCGGAGGGCUUCUCAGAUACAAUUCUCCAAGAUGCCGAUAAGAACACGAGCUGGAUCCUCUCCAAUCCGCUCUUCGGAUCGCAAUGAAGGGCCAGAAGUCACCGUCACGUCACCUUCGCACCCAGCAUCGGGCACGCAUUUUCGAACAGGGUCUCUUGGUAGUGCGGUGAAUGCGAAUGAGCGACGGCCACGGCGCGACACUACUACUAGCAGCGAUAUGUCUACGGACAACGAGACCAAUGACAUGAAUACCUCGUUCAAAAGGCGGCAGAUUCAAUUCUCGGCCGAGGAUAAAAUCAUCGAGUUUCAGAACCCGCGUAGGACUGUCAACAAUAGGAACAUGGGCGCUAUGGCCCUCGGCGGUCUCAGCGAGGCAGCAGAAGACUCGGGUGCGGAGUCUGUGGGAUCGGCGUUAUCAUCUGAUUUUGACGCGACGGCUGGCUCGGGAUCUCUUUUGGAAGACGUCGGGCUUACUGGUGGCUUGGACUCUUCUUCACCAGUUGCCCUAAUGCAUAAAUUGCAGAACGGGGCUGGGUCUCAGAUUGCGUCUCCCAGGAAGCCCAGAACUCCAGCGCCGGAGUUGCAAAACCUACCGCCACCUCGUCCUAUCAGCGUAUUACAAUCAGUAAGCCUACUCAGUCAGGCGCUGAAAGCCCGCAAUCGAGCGCCCACCAACCCCGUCGAGAAAUUUGCGGUACUCUCCGGUAAAGGAUUGGCGGAUGCCCUGAACAUCAAGCUUUAUGUUCCAUUCUCUUCUGAUCCUGAGGAACCACUUGACCUACAGCUUUCCAGAGAGUCCAAGCUUUCAGAGCAACCGGCACCGGCGACUGUUGCCGAGGCCAUCGGCUUGGCGCUCUGGAGGUACUCGGAAGAAGCUCGUCAGCCGGGUAUCGAGCGGGGCAAACUGAAUGUCAACCGGUGGACUCUCCGGAUGGUGGAAGAUGGAGAAGUGGAAUAUGAUUUCCCCCCGUUGAGCCGAGCAUCCCACAUUGCAGACUUUGCAUCCAACAACAACAGAGCUGCCGGUGCGAGGGGCCGAGUGAGAGGCAAGCAGUAUGAUGAAUUCGCCUUGGUAGAAGCCUCAGAGGAGGAAUUCCAGGAGAAUGAGAAGCUAUUCCCGCAUUACAGCCAGGAGUCGCCUACAGAGGACGGCGGUCUUACAACGCCUACUGCGCCCACUGCUCCAUCCAAUCAGCCGAGCCCUCAAAUGAAGACUCCAAUGCCCCGCCCCAACCCUAUACUGGGACAACCCUUCUCCUCUGCCUUGAAUGACAAUACCUUAACACCAGCUGAUCGACCUGCGGUACCUGCGUACCAUGCCACACCUCGUAUGGGUGUUUCGAAGACGCUCAAGAUUCGGUUCAUGAAUCUGGAGGCGGCCACUCACGUAACGACACUGAACACAUCCACCGACAGCUACAUCGCCGAAAUCCUCGAUUCGGUCUGCAAACGAUGGGGUCUAGACAAGGGCAAUUACAUCCUUCGAGUGACGGGCUCAAACACGAUUGCGCCACUGGACCGGACAGUGGAGGCGCUGGGGAAUAUAACGGAGUUGGACCUCGUACGACGCCGCUUCGGGGCGGGUCCCAUGUCACUGACGGGAUCACCGGGCAGCUCCUCGCCCAACGCGCCUCUCCUCAUUGACAGCAAACAAGCGGCUGCCAGCAAGAAGAGCAAGAAGAGCGGGCCACGCAUGCUGCAUCCCCUUACUCAGAAGCAGGACCUUACGGGUGGCUCUUACCGGCGCUACCACGUAUUUCGGAAGCAGUCCAUGUCCUUUACGACGUCGAACCAUCGCAUCCUGACCUUUGACAACGACUACAUGCACAUCAUGCCGGGGGACACGGGCAAGGCGGCCUCGGACACCAAGACUCGGUCGAUCAGCUUCAACGAUGUGGUCGGGUGCAAGGUGAGUCGGCGACACCCGAAAAAUUUCCGGGUGGUUGUCCUGCGCGGCAACGAUGCCAACGAGCAGAAGCGAUAUGAUUUCGAGGCGCGGAAUGCGGUUGAGGCCAACGAGAUUGUGGAGGAGAUCAAGAAGAACAUGGCGCAUUAUCGCAUUUAG